ACGAGACGCGUCUCCGCCGGAAGUAUCAGUGUGUGACACCCGGUACCUGAGCUUUGAUAUGGAGUUUGAGUGACUCUGACAAUCAGAAACAAAAACAGCACACAUCGCCGUGUUUGCAGUCUGCUUCGAGGGACACGAAGGCGAAGCGCCAGUUCAAUUUACCAUGGCAGAGAACAUAAUCGUCCGAGUGCAGUCUCCAGAGGGGAUGAAGAAGAUCCUCUCCACCAAACGUGAAACGGCAGCUGCCUUCCUGAAGAAGGUGGCGAAGGAAUUUGGCUUCAACUCAAACGGCUUCUCUGUGUACCUGAACCGGAACAAGACUGGAGAGAUCCUGUCCCAGAACAAGGCCCUCAGCCUUCUCAAAAUCAAACAUGGAGACAUGCUCUUCCUUUACCCCUCUGGCACCCCUGGGUCGAUGGGCGAGGUCAUGGAUGUGGCCUCCUCGAGCUCCUCAUCAUCGCUACCUUCCUCUGCUUCCUCAUCCUCCUCCUCCUCGUCAUUAUCACGCUCCCAGUCUGCACCCCAGAUUCUCGAAGAUGAAAUCGACCAGUACCUGGCCAAGCAGGACGGCAAGAUCUAUCGUAACAGAGACCCACAGCUGUGUCGACACGGGCCAAUGGGGAAGUGUGUGCACUGCGUUCCUCUGGAGCCGUUUGACGAGGAUUACCUGAACCACCUGGACCCCCCUGUCAAGCACAUGUCAUUCCACGCGUACAUCCGCAAGCUGACGGGAGGUGCCGACAAAGGAAAGUUUGUUGCCUUGGAGAACAUCAGCUGUAAGAUCAGGUCGGGCUGCGAGGGCCACCCCCCUUGGCCAGAGGGUAUCUGCACCAAGUGCCAGCCCAGUGCGAUCACACUCAACCGACAGAAAUACAGGCACGUGGACAACAUCAUGUUUGAGAACCACACCAUUGCAGAUCGCUUUCUGGACUUCUGGAGAAAGACAGGGAACCAGCGCAUGGGCUACCUGUACGGCAGGUACACAGAGCACAAGGACAUCCCGCUGGGAAUCCGGGCUGAGGUGGCUGCCAUCUAUGAGCCCCCGCAGAUCGGAACGCAGAACAGCUUGGAGCUGUUGGAUGACCCCAGAGCUGCAGCGGUGGAGGAGAUUGCAGCCAAGCUGGGCCUUCGUAAGGUUGGCUGGAUUUUCACCGACUUGCUGUCAGAGGACACCCGAAUAGGCACGGUGCGCUACACCAGGAACAAGGACACGUACUUCCUGAGCGCUGAGGAGUGCAUCACUGCAGGAGACUUCCAGAACCGACACCCGAACCCCUGCCGCCUGUCACCCGACGGUCACUUUGGUUCUAAGUUCGUCACCGUGGUAGCGACAGGUGGCCCUGACAACCAGGUGCACUUUGAGGGCUACCAGGUAUCCAACCAGUGCAUGGCGCUGGUGCGGGACGAGUGCCUGCUGCCCUGCCGAGACGCUCCAGAACUGGGCUAUGCCAAGGAGUCCACCACGGAGCAGUAUGUGCCCGACGUCUUUUACAAGGACAAAGAUAAAUUUGGCAACGAUAUCACACACCUGGCUCGGCCGCUGCCUGUGGAGUACCUCAUCAUAGAUAUCCCCACUACCUUCCCUAAAGAUCCCGUGUACACAUUCUCCUCGACGCAGCGUUUCCCCAUCGAGAACCGCGACGUCCUUGGAGAAACACAGGACUUUCACAGCUUGGCCACAUACCUGUCCCAGAGCUCCUCCGCUUCCUUCUUGGACGUUGUCUCGGACUUCCACCUGUUGCUGUUCCUGGUCACCAAUGAGGUCUUGCCCCUGGGGGACAGUAUGGGGCUGCUCCUGGAUGCAGUGAAGACCUCCAAUGAGGAGCUAGCGCAGACCUGGAGGAAGUCGGAGCAGUGGGCCACCAUUGAGCAGCUGUGUAGCACAGUGGGUGGGCAGCCUGCGGGUUCUCACGACUACGGGGCCAUGAGCGGCCCCUCGCUCCCUCCCUCGUCGUCAGCCAUGUGGUCCUGCCAGCACUGCACCUUCAUGAAUCAGCCGGGCACGGAGCUCUGCGAGAUGUGCAGCCUGCCUCGCAGUUAAAUCCCGCCUCUAUCUCUUCUAGCCACACCCCCAUCAUCCAGGAGGUAACAGGUCAGGGGUCAUGUGGAAAGAAAGGACCCAGCCCGUCACCAACUCUCAUUGCUCCGGGACCAGCUGCAACAUUGUGUUUCCUUUACUCCCUCCCCCAACCUUUGAUCCCCCUCAUGUCCCUACAGGCUGCCUUUAUGAAGGGAAACACAGUGGGCUUUUCCGGCACCAAGCAGCUGAUCCCGUCUCUCAAUGAUGUCACAGUGCAGGUUGAUUACCAUAGUAACCGUCAGUCUCACCUCUUGCCACCUCUCUGUACUGCAAGACAAAUUGCUCGCAGGUCCCUCCUCUCCCCAACCUCUCAGGCUUGAAGUCUGUUGUGUGAACAAACACACACAAAUGAACGAAUGAAUGAAUCUAUUAACUAGUUACAAAUGAUGCAUUUUUGUCAUCAUUUUCUUUUUCAGUUGUAGUUGUAUAUAUGAAGACUUUUUUUUUUCUCCCCCCCGUUUCUGAAGAAUUGGCCUCAGUUGAGAAGCUCUUAGUUCUGAGAUGGUGUUUGGAUGAAGAUUUAAUUGCUCUCCCACCCUUUGUCUCGCCGUGUUCUCCCUCCCCAAUCACAUCGCCCCCUCUGUGUCUUUAACCACCUUUGGGCACCAGGUGGAGAUGCUGCUGUUUGCUGACAUGUAGCAGGUAUCUGCCUCCUCUUGUAGCACAGCAACGCAGCACCUCAACCUGGGUCCUGCGGCUACAGAAACUCCCAGCAUCCCUCGCUCCAUUGAGACCACCAGGACUGUUUCCACCACAGAACCAAAACAGGAAUUGAUGGUUCCCAUAUUUGCCGACCAAUUCCAGUCUUUUCAUGGGUGACGGCACCGUCUUUGGCUUGUCGAGAUACUCGUCAACAACCCGAUGUUUCACAGGAAUUUCGUGGAAAAAGGCAGCUCUGCCAGCAUCUUUCCAUUGUAUCACUUCCUGUAGGCGUUGCGCACGUUGCCCAGGCUGUUCAUUUUCCUCUAAUUGCAAUGGUGUGCGAUCGGGGCCUUUGUGGUAAUACUCCAGUGUUUGCGCUUGGGGGUUUUUUCCUGGUUUGGCUCGGCACUCUGCUUUCCAGUGCAGCCACAGUUGGUUUUUGCUUGCAGUUCUCAUUUGCGGUGGCACCACUGACCUCCCAGGGUUCUAGUCCCUUUCCUGUUUUCACUGCAGAACCCCUGUGCAUCAGGGCUGCCUCAUAUGGAGAGCAUCGUGGGAUGGCAGCACUAGGUGUGUUCUUGCCCCAACUCAGCAUGUGCCGUACAGCCUGUGAGCCCCUGUUUGCUGCCACUCGUGUCCCAAGGACCUUCCGUGUAUCCUGUUGUCUCCUUCACUCCUUGUCUCACGGUGGAACCAGUCCAAACAUGUCUUUGAAAAAUGCGUAAAGAAUCGCUCCCCCUGUCUUUCAUUUACUGCACCUGAUCUGCAUUCUGGAGGAGACGCAGGUGGUGUCUUCUCUUCAAAGACUUUUGCUGAAGUUCUCUUAGGGAUUGGGUCAAGGGUGGAAGUCAAGAAUGAGACUCUUUUCAAACAAUGGGUUUAGUUCUAAAAAGGAUUAUUUCCUCAUUGGUCCAAUAUGUUGGACACCUGCAAAGGCAGCAGGAUGGAAGGAGACGCGGAGGGAGUGUGUAGUGAGGUGGGGGAGGACAGAUGGAGACAGCAAGGGUGGUGCAGUUUGCUGUGUACUGCUUUCCCCCUCCACACUUGUACUGUAAAGUGGAGGGGAACAAAAACUCAUUCCAGAUUUAAAAAAAAAAAAGUAUUUAAAACGUUGUUCACUGCACAGUUUUCAUAAAGAACUUUCUGCUUUUUCAACAUGCCCAAUAAACAUUGAGUUUGAACAGAAA